AUGUCUGCGGUUCUGUGGAGUGCUCUACAGUUUGCUGUUGUCUCUUACGGGUGUGUUCGUGUGCUCAAGUUCCUCUACAUCAUAUGCAAAAGUAUUCUUGUUCAUUUCAUCACACCAAAGCACGAUUUGCAAUAUCUGAAGGACACCUGGACUGUAAUCACUGGAGGAACCGAUGGUAUUGGAAGAGCUUACAUCGAGGAAUUGUGCAAGGAAAGAGGAAUCAAAAAGUUCUACUUGAUCGGACGCAACAUUAAUAAAUUGAACAAUACUCGGAAAGAAUUGGAAGAACGAUAUGGAUGCGAAGUGAAGACUCAUGUUCAUGAUUUUGAAAAAGAUGACUUGUCUGCUCUGCCGAAGGACCUCUCCACUUUGGACAUCGGAAUUUUGAUCAAUUGUGCUGGAAUCGCGCCACACAUCAUCGGAACUUUGACAGAGUUGCCGGAAGGAUUGGCUUCCACUAUUCUUCGUGUCAAUUUGAUGUCUUCUGUGAAGAUGACCGAGAUAGUGUUGCCAAACAUGGUUAAGAAGAAACAAGGAAUCAUUGUCAAUAUCUCAUCAAUGACUGGUUGGAGACCACUUCCGUAUCUCAGCUCAUAUCCCGCUAGCAAAGCUGCUCUCUCCUUCUUCUCUGAUUCACUUUCUGAUGAGUACCGUGGCACCGGAAUUCGCGUUCAAUGUCUCAUUCCGAUGCUCGUUGCAACCAAAGUCGCUUCCUACGAAGCCGAAGAGGCCAACAACAUCUUCGUGGUCACUCCAGAAAAUUUUGCAAAACAAGCCGUCAGAAUCAUCGGAACAACUUGGGAAAUCACCACUGGAUGUGUGCAACACGAUAUCCAGGUCGCUCUCGGAACGCUUUUCUCCUUCUGGUUCUUCAAAGUCAUGUUUGUUCCAGUUGUGAUGCUCGGAGUCCACAAGCAUCGUGUUGCCUCUUAUCAAGCCAAAAAUUCGAAAAAAAGCGAGUAG